UCAUGGAAAAGGCAAGGUAAACUGCAAAGUCCCAACUUUAGAAAAUCAAGAUCUGCAAAGAAGGACCUCUGAAUCCAACAACAUCAUUUUUGCACCCCACAACAUGGAGGAUCAAAAGUUUCAAGAUGACUUCCGGACUUAUACUGGCAGACAUUGCAUCCAGGGAUCCAUCUUCUACAUCUAUGUACUGCUGGGUGUCUCUUGCCUGCUGAGUGCCAUUUUCCUCAUUGUGGCUGUUUCUAAAGCAACAUCUCUUUCAUCGGAGCUGAGCACAAUGAACACUGAACGUCCAAAACCAAAACCUGGACUUGAUCAUGAAUUAUUUCCAUGUGGUCCUGAGACGCGACAAUGGGAAUACUUCAAUGGAAAAUGCUACUACUUCUCCUAUGAGAAAACCUCCUGGAUGCAGGCCAAAGUUCAGUGUGAGGAUAGGCAAUCAAUGUUGGUCAUUGUCAACGAUAUGCCUGAACAGAAUUUCCUUCAGACCCGGACCAGAAAUGAACGUUACUGGAUUGGACUCCAUGACAGAGAUAUUGAAGGACACUGGAGGUGGAUAGAUGGCACCAGCUACUUCAGCGGCUUCACGUACUGGAAGCAAGGGGAGCCCAAUGAUGAUGCCCAUGGAGAGGACUGCGCACAUCUCUGGGGCAAUGGGGAAUGGAAUGACGUCUACUGCACUUACCAGUGCUACUAUAUCUGUGAAAAGCCCUUGCCGGGCGCAAGGUCAGAGCAUCAGUGGCGCACCUGAGCAUCUUCCCAACAUCCCCAAGGCAGAAAGGAAGUGACAGCCUAACUGCCCAAAAGCACAGGCCUUACCCUGAUGUGCACACACAGGAAGAACUGUGAGCAUGUCAAAGAGACCUUCCAAGUGUCACUUUUAAACUUGCAAAGUCAUACUGGAGAAGCCUCUUAGUCUUUCUUUCCUUUUAAAAAUGAUUCACUCAGCAUCAUCCCAUAAAUUGUGACUGAUUUUCAACAUCGUGUCCAUUUAGAAACUCCUGGCAUUUGAAUGAUUUUACAGAACCUGCAACUCAAGCAAGUGGAUGUGAUUUUGCAAAUUUCCAGGGCAAACAAACUGUUCUUUUGUACUCCUUGAAGUUUGGCUUGACAUGUAGAUUGAAAUAAACAAGCAAA